AUGGCCAACAGUCCAUAUGAAAUCAAGAGCAAGUUAAACUCAGGGACGCCUUCGAAGAGAAACUCUCUACAUACACCCCUUGCGCGACCCGGGUCUCGAUCACACAAGCCAAGCCCACAACCGGCCUCACUCUUUCUUCGGCGGAUUAUUGGCACAACCACAACCUCUUCCAGUGGGCUGACAUCCCAUUACGACUCCAGGACUUUCGCCUACUGUGCUGGCUCAGCAGCGGUACUCGCAAACAUUGAUGAUGAGGGAGAAAUAUCAUACCGCUUUUUCAGAGCGUCGCCAACCGCUUCACCCAUACAUCCUUCUGUCUCAUUCUAUAACCCCCCAUCCCCCAAUGCAACCUCCGGUAGCCGGCGGCGAACAACUUUCGCCUCGAAGCAUGGCGCGGAGGAGAGGUCUUCCAGUCAUUCGCCACGGAGAAUCUGGAGUGAUGAGGGAAACUCCAAGACACGGAGUGCUCGGGAGAGAGUGAAAGCGGUGUCUUGUGUGGACCUGAGUCCAAAUGGAAGGUUUCUCGCGGUGGGAGAAACCGGAUACAGCCCAAGGGUGAACAUCUUCUCAGUCUCCGCAGGCGCCUCCACAGAGGUUCCUCUAUCCAUCCUUACUGAACAUAGCUUUGGCGUCCGUUGUGUAGCUUUCAGUCCCAGUUCGCAGUGGCUGGCAACGCUUGGUGAUGUCAACGAUGGUUUUCUUUUCAUCUGGUCUAUCAAUGCAAAGACUGGAGCAGCUAGAUUACAUUUCACCAACAAGUGUACUGCAUCUGUCCUGAGCAUGGCCUGGUGCAGCAACAACCUUAUCACAGUCGGGACAAGGUACGUCAAGGUCUGGCGUGUUGGGGAGCCUUCUCCAGGCUUUCAGACGAAGCCAGGACGUGUACAAGCCGAAGAUAGCAACGCGAGUCCGGGGCCGAAGACAUUAUCGGGUCGCAACAGCCUCCUCGGCUCUUUAGCCGAUUCCACUUUUACAUGCGUGGCUCCUUUUUCCGAAAGUGAAGCCAUUCUGAGUACCACGACGGGCGUGGUGUGCUUGCUUGACGACCGAACGGGAAGCCAAGAGUUGAAAACCAUAAAGCACUUGAGGUUUCCAGCGCAAUCUAUAGCAGUGGAUAUCCAGGCCCAGAAAGUGUGGUUCGCGCACGGUGACGGGUGUCUCGAUAAUGAGAGUUUUGAAACCUUGAGAAGUGGUCCCCUUCCGGUGACUAGCUACAAUGCUAGUAAUGAACCAGCAGUGACACCCUACCACUCACCGUCGGCGGCUGCUGGUUCUCUUCAUGCCUUUCAGUCGCCGCAAGGAUCUGCCUCUCGGAAGCGAAAGAAGCGGAAGGCUAUCAUUGCAGCAAGAUGUCUGUCGAAUAAGCUCGUGUCGAUUGAUGAUGCCCGCAAUAUUCGGGUUGAGAGAUUUGGUCCUGGCCUAUAUUCAGCGGACUCUGAGCGGUCGUCUGUCAUUCUACUGCCUGCACACAACGAUCCUGUACAGGGGGCAGUACCGCUGCCGAAGCAGAGUACAUUGGGAGAUUACAUUACGUGGUCUCUUGAAGGAACUGUCAACUUUUGGUCUUUGGACGGCUCAAUCAGGCGAUCUGAAAAGGUUGAGCUUGACCAACCUGAGCAGUCCUUUUCAGAAUAUGACGAGUACGUAAACGAGCUCAAGUCAAUUCGUGUGUCGGACGACACGCAGUGGAUUGUCUCGGGAGAUCGGUUUGGAAUCCUGCAGGUAAUCGAUUGCCCAUCUUGGGGGUCUGCAAAGAUUCGGGCCCAUUCGGCAGAAGUAACCGACAUAGCCCUGCACUCCUCCGACCAACCACUGUUGGUGGCAACCGGUAGUAGAGAUCGUACCGUACAGUUGUUUCAACAUGGAGAUGAAGGAAUUGAGCUCCUUCAAACGUUUGAUGAUCAUGUUGGAGCUGUCACUGUGGUAGCUUUUGCCGGCGACCUUUUAUUAUCUGCGUCGUCCGACCGCACUGUGAUCGUGCGCCAAAAGCUGUCCAAAAUCAACGACGACGGGACAAGACUACUGGCAUACAUAUCCCAGAGGGUCAUAACUCUAAAAUCAUCUCCAACAUCGAUGGUGUUCCCGGAGCCCGAUGUGUUGGCUAUUGCAACUAUGGAUAGGCAGGUUUUGACAUUCAGCAUCGACAAAGGCGCGGCUAUAGAUGCCUUCAAAGCGGUUGACGCUGAUGGUGGAGAUGCGGUGAUAUUGAGCUCACUGUCGAUCAACUCCGUAGAGGAUAAUUCAUGCACGCGUCGAAUCUUAUCUGGCUUCUCGUCAACAGACAAAUCAAUAAGGUUGUAUGACUUUGAGAGUGGUAUUCUUCUCUCAAGGGAGUUGGGACAUACCGAGGGCAUCAGCGAUGUUGCUGUCAUCGAGCAUGCCGAUGAUGCGAUUGGACCGAGUAGGAAGACCCUGAUCUCCACUGGACUCGAUGGUCUGAUCAUGAUUUGGGAAGCUUCGACAGCGCUACCACGGCCUCCAUCGUCGCCACUUCAGGAACUGGCACAGGGUCAGGCCCUGACAAACCAUGAUCUAGACAGUACACCGACCAAAGAUUCAAUCUUGAGACGGCCUCCUCUGAGAAAGGUUCUUUCUAAACUCGAUCUGGCAGAUGUUGAUGGAGCUGUCCCACCAGCACGACCGAGCCGUGAUCAACAUUCGCCGCGACUGAAAAGGAAGAUCGCUGCACAAACACGAUGCGACACAGCGCCGACAGAUGGUGACGCAGUUGCCGAGUGCGUUGCUGACAGACUCGAGCCUCUCCCCCAAGUACCGCACAGGUUCACCAGUUCGACGCCGCUUCGUCCAGCAUCGCCUCUUUCAAGGGAAAUGGCACUUGGUUUAGACCGGGCCGCCAAUCAUCACUUGCCCGUCCAGAAGUCACCAUCUCCACCUCCGGCGCGAGUGUCUCUUUCUACAUCACCUAGGAAUGUCAACAGAGGCAACAAAAGGGGUCUGAGGAGACCUCCAUCGGUCCCAUCUGACCUUCGAGACCACUCCAAGGCUCAAAAUAGGCGCAAAAGCAUGGGCAGCUUGAAUGAGUUCGGCAGUAUUGGGAUGGCGGGUGAGCAGGUUUGUCGUACGUUGCGAGCAUACAGGAAGAAGAUCAAAGCGGCGCCUAAAACAGAGCACUUGCAGCUGGACGAGCUUGAGGUAGAGCUUCUAGCAACACUUCGAGCGGUCGUAGGGCGACUUGGCAGGGAUGGUAGCAGAAGAACGAAAGCAGCGACGGAAAAUGAAUUGGAUAACCUGGCAAGUGUGAUGCAGACUUGGGGGCUUAGUCAAAAGACUGAAUCGCAGCGGGAUGUGGAGUACUGCUAA